AUGGCGAGCCGGCCUGCCGUUGCAGCAUCAGGCCGGUGGCUGGACGGUAUUCGAAAAUGGUAUUACAAUGCGGCAGGAUUCAAUAAACUGGGGCUAAUGCGAGACGAUACCAUCCACGUGGAUGAAGAUGUGGAAGAAGCCAUCAGAAGGCUUCCCGAGAACCUGUACAACGACAGGGUGUUUCGCAUUAAGAGAGCACUGGACCUGUCCAUGCGGCAGCAGAUCCUGCCCAAGGAGCAGUGGACGAAAUAUGAGGAGGAUAAAUUCUACCUUGAACCGUAUCUGAAAGAGGUUAUUCGGGAAAGAAAAGAAAGAGAAGAAUGGGCAAAGAAAUAA